CUCCUCCCUCCUUCCCGUCUCUCCCUCCGCUGCUAACACAGUUAGCACUAGCACGUUAGCCCCCAGCAGCUGUCGGUGGCAGUCAGUCAGUCAGUCCAAGCGGUGGUGCAUUUGUAAUCCUCCUCCCUCCCGAAGGAAAAAAAAAAAAAAAAAAAAGAAAAAAAACCGUGGACGGCUGGGUUGUUUCUUCGGGAGCCAGCUGCUUCACCUCUCUGGGCCACCUGCGGUAAAACACUGUUGUCCUCGCCGUCACGACAGGAAGAAGCUCUGGGACAUGGCCAGACCAGAACAAGUCCUGGUGCUAGAGCCACAACACGAACUGAAAUUCAGAGGCCCGUUUACAGAUGUCGUCACUGCCACUCUGAAGCUCACCAACCCCACAGAGAGAAAUGUGUGUUUCAAAGUCAAGACAACCGCACCUCGCAGAUAUUGUGUGCGCCCAAACAGUGGCAUCAUUGACGCUGGAACCUCCAUCAAUGUUUCUGUUAUGUUACAGCCUUUCGACUACGACCCCAAUGAAAAGAGUAAACACAAAUUCAUGGUGCAGUCCAUGCUGGCUCCAUACGACAUGACUGACAUGGAGGGAGUUUGGAAGGAGGCAAAGCCUGAUGAGCUGAUGGAUUCAAAGUUGAGAUGUACAUUUGAGUUGCCUCUAGAAAAUGACAAAACUCAUGAGAGUGAAAGCAACAAAACUGUGUCUUCCUCUACCUCCUCUGUUAAGACCGAGCACUCGGCGCUGCCCAAGUCAGCCAGCGCCUCGCUUGAUGACGGAGAGGUAAAGAAGAUCAUGGAGGAGUGCAAGCGGCUGCAGAUGGAGGUGCAGAGGCUACGGGAAGAAAACAAACAGAUCAGGGAGGAUGAUGGGCUGCGGAAGAGAAAGGUGACGUCAGUGGCUGCUCCUCACUCCUCCGCCAUGGCGACCUCGGCCGUGAGGGACGAAGGCCUAAGCACCCGUGUCCUGGCGCUCUGCGUGCUGUUCUUUGUCAUUGGAGUCAUCAUUGGCAAGCUGGCCCUGUAGAGACACAGAUGGACAGAGCACAGUGACGGACGGACGGACGGGCGGGCGGCAGGCAUGCUCGGGAGGACACGUGUCAGUGAUGGCAACGGGGAUGUCUUCUGGGUUUAUGUUGAUUUCUCUUUAUUUGUUUUUUUUUUGUUGUUGUUUUUUUGUUUUUUUUUAACACUUAAGGCAAUAUCAUUAUGGUUUGUCUGGAUGGAAGAUAAUUUAAUGUGCAAAAAGAAAGCGAAGGAAGGCGAUCCCAAGUUAAACCAUGAGUGCAAGCAUUUUUGUAACAGGUCUUGCCUUUUUCUUUUUUCUUUUUUUUUUUUUUUUUUUGUGAAAUGAUCACCACUUCUGAUCUGUUCUUUCCGUCCAUCCCUCCUUCCUAAAUGAUCCUCCCCAACUGGCACAGGUAACAGUUUGUAGUGUGUGGAAGUGGCUUCAUGCUGGCUGAAUGUCUGAAGUCUUUGAUUCUUAAUUGAUUCCUAAGUCUUCAAGUUCCUCACUCACAUUGUCUAUAAGAAAGACAAAACACUCCUCUUCUGAUAAUAUCUCUUCCACUUAUUACUGAUAAUCUGCAAGGAGAAGUGAACAUAAGUGAUCAGUGAAUGACUUUUUUUUUUUUCCUACAUUCAAAUUCUGUGUAUUGUCUUCUAAACAGUAUGUGGUAAAAAUGUGAGCCAGUAGAAGCCAUGCAUGUGUGCGUGUCUUGUUGAUUUUGCCUCCUGCAGGAGGGCUGAUAUGACUGUGUGUGGAUGUUUUUAUUAGGAGACCACAAACAGCGAAAUCAUAGGCUGUUUUAGAACUAAGGAAGAGGGGUGAUGUAAAAAAAACAACAUCUGAACAGAUUUCCUGUACACAACAGAAACGUGGGGGUGUUUGAUUAAAAACUUUAAUGAUUUCAGUCGCUGACCAGACCAGGGAAUCUGUAGGUGUUCAAUAAAUCCAUUUUUGGGCCUUUUGGAAAAUUAUAAUUCCAUAAAUCAAGAUUAUGAUAAAGAAUUUAUGCUGCACAGUGAUCUAGGUCAAAAACAAAGCUGUAAUCUAGUCCAAGGCAUCACAUUUUCCCAGUUAACACUGUCUUGAUAAUUACUUCCUCAUCUUGUAGGAGAGAAGGAGUGGUGCUAGAUUAAAAAUCAGACCCAAUUUCCCCCCUUAACCCAGUGAACUUAUCAUGCAAAACCAAAUCAGACAUUUUCAAUAUACAACAUACAGUAUGUAACAAUAGUUUUGGCUGCCUUGUUUCAUUUUACCCAUGGAGUGUUGUAUUUGCGUCCUCUAAUGUAUUACAGCAGUUGUUUGCCCCCCCCCCCCCACCUUAUAUUAUCAUGUAGUCACAAUGCUUCUGUUGUUUAUAAUAUUCAAAUGCACUAUAUUCAAGUGUCCACUCUGCAGUCUGCAUGAAAUGACCCGGGUCUAUUAUGAUUAUUUUAUUUUAUUUUUAUUUUUUUGAGUGUUGAAGUUAUAUUAGCAAAAAAAAAAAAAAUGACUGUCUUUACAAAAGGGACCAUCUUGAGUCUGGUUUAUCAAUUUGUGUGUGUUUUGUUUCCUUUCAAUCAUCUUUUUCUUUUGUUUCCUGUUGGGCUCUGGUGGUCGUGAGAUAACUGAGACAACACAGCUGUAUUAUCUUGGUUAUCACGUGACCAUCUCAGCAGACUUAGUUGUUAAAAAAAAAAAGGAAUAAAUAUCUGUAUUUUUCGUUGCCUGAGGGAGCUCGGGGAGCAGAGAUGUGGGGGUGUGAGUGACUAGGAAUGGGAUACACACUACAUUAAAGAAAAAAAAAAGGUAUCAACGCUUCAGACCACACAUGCAGAGAUACAGUCUUAAAACAAUGUAAUCACACAGUAAUUGGAUACUCUUUUGUAUGUACAUAAAAAUAAAAAGACUUAAAAGAUAACUGGCAAAGUUAUUAACAUACUGUAGUAAAGGAAGAAAAUAAUUAAACAACCACAAUGGAUCAUGUAGCAUCAUAAUGAAUUAAAAUACAUAAACCCCCAA